ACACUGCAGAGUCCACACACAGCUCCAAACAGUCAACACUGCAGACUCCAAACAGUCAACACUGCAGAGUCCACACACAGCUCCAAACAGUCAACACACCACUUCUCUCCUGUGCUUUUAGUUCAACCUGCAUUGUGUUCCCUAUAGAGAAUCCCUAUGUUAGAGUGGAACACUAAUUCAUGCCUGGGAUAUUAGGAAUCUGCUGAAAUCAUUGUCAUUCCUUUAUCUGCCUAUCUAAUUGUUUUCAGUGGUUUAAAACGGCUUCUUCAGGCAAAAAUACAGCGGUUUCAUCUUUGCAAUUGAUGCAGCUUUAAACCAUCCACUCUGUCUUUGAGUGUUUGAUUUUAAGUUUUGUGUUUAAAAGAAUGUUGGUACCUCUGCCCAGUACUAACCCUCUACCCUUCCCCUCUCUCUCUCCCUCUCUCUCCCCCUCUUCCUGUCUACAGCCCACUUCCCUGGUAAAUGCAUGUCCAACACCAGCUCCACCUAUACCUUCACCACCUGUCGGAUCAUGCACCCCUCAGACGAGCUGACCAGAGUCACCCCCAGCCUUAUGUCGGGCCCUACUGCCUCCUGCGUCAUGACCAGCAGCAGCAGCGUCAGAUCUACCCCCUGCUCAACUCCUUGCACCCCGCGCCGCCUCAGCCUGGCAGCCGAGUCCUUCACCAACCUGAGAGACUCCACCAAGACCAUGAGCACUAGUGGAGGUCUGGUGCGGCUCCUCCAGGAGCGAGGCAUCUCUGCAGCAGUCUACAACCCUCAGAGUUGGGACCGGGCAGACUGUAGCACCUCCAUCCCCACUGGGGGGGUACUGUCGCUUCACCGCCGCGGCCCCCGACACCCUACCCUCCACGCCGCCCAACUCCCCAACCCACCGCUCCCUCUGUGCCAAACCCAGCAGCCCCGUGGGCCCCUUCGAACUCAGUCCCAGCGCCCCGCCCUAUGACAACUUCCUGGCAUCGAAGCCGGCCAGCUCCAUCCUGAAGGAGGUGAGGGCAGAGGCCCAGAGCAGUGAGUCAGCAGACAGCGAGUGUCAGACUGACGUCAGCGUCCACAAUCUGAAGCUGGUGGACAAGCUGAAGCGCUUCAGCGUGGCUGGGGCUGGCCCCUCUUUAUCAGGGGCCACGGGGCCCACCAUGCUGGGGCCCCUCAGCGGCCUCCACCGCCCUUCCCACUUCUGCCCUUCUGUGGUGACCAGUC